UCACCUGGUCACACUGUUGAACAGCUGUUAGUGGUCAAAGACCCCCAAAAAAUUAAAUACAAAAGAAAUAAAGUCUGCCUACUGUGAAAGUAAUCCAAAAGUGUGAUUAAAACCAAAGCGGAUACAACAAGUAAUCCCUGAGGAAAUGGAAUCGGAUACGCUGGACAAGGAGUGUGCAGCGGCGGCCCUAAAGAAACUAUCGCAAAGUGAAAGUCCCGAAAGUGCGAAGAAAUGGGUGCCGAAUGUUGUUGCGGAGGGGGAGGUAGAAGAGGCGCCGCCAACAAAGAGACAAAAGACUGCAGACGAAAAGGAGGAUGACAAGAAGGAAGACGAAGAGAGCGAGGACAGCGAAGAAUCUGAUGAUGAAGCGGAUGACGAUGACGAAGAAAUUCCGCAACUAGUUCCCGCCCUGGGAAUUCCACAGAGUAACAGGAAAACCAGUCCGAGAUUCUUCCAGCGCAUCCCCGUAUUUAUCGUCGACUAUCACAACGAUGUUAUGGAGUUCAUCUACCGCUGCUUGGCUACCCGUCAUCUUCCCCUGGAGAACAACACUCUCGUCCACUUCGAUUCUCAUCCGGAUCUAGUCAUACCCCGUCACAUAGCCGCCAGUUCGACGUACGAAAAGGAAACCAUGCUCAACGAACUCAGCAUCGAAAACUGGAUCAUGCCCACUUUAUUUGCAGGACAUUUCAAUCGUGUAGUCUGGCUGAAGAAUUCGUGGUGCCAGCAGUUGCCCACUGGCAGGCACGACUUCAAGGUCGGUCAAAAGGAUGAUCGGAUUGGUGUGGACUGUCCGCUGGACUACUUCAUAGCAGAUGGCAACUACUGUGCUACCGAGGAUCUCCAGGACUCUAAGAGCGUGGAGCUGCAGGUACACGAUGCAGACGACGAAAGCCUCAAUCCCAAUGAUUUCCUGACGGAGAAGGAUGGCAAGGGAUUUGUUCUCGAUAUAGAUCUCGAUUUCUUUAGCACCUCCAAUCCGUUCUUAGAAAUCUACAAGGAUGCUGAUUGUUACAAUCAGUUAAAGGAGAUCUUCCAUUUCGAAAGCGUAGAAAUGGUGAAAAAGUCGGGUACUGCUACUGUAGCAGAUUAUAUGGCUACGGCAGACAAGCGACAGACGCAGUUGGAUGCUCUAAAGACUAUUUUCUGGCAUUUGGAGGAGGAGCGGAAUUUCGAGGGACUGGAGAAACCAGAUGAAAGCGUGGUUACUCCCGAGGUUUAUGAGAAGAUUUUAAGACUGGCUGAGCUGCUGCAGGAAAAAUACCCCGACGAUGAAAUUGACUGGCAUUUGAUCUUCGAUUCGGGCACUACAACCGACAACAAUGGCUUGCCCCAUCACAUCAGCACCGCUGAGGAAUUGGAGACGUACUUUGCGAACUUCAAGAGAUUUAUAGAACGCCUACCAGUUCCUCCCGUAGCCAUUACGAUGGCUCAUUCCGCUCAGGAUGAUUAUUGCCCCCAAGAUCAGGUGGCAUUUAUUGAGGAACGCGUUUUGCGGCUGCUAAGAGAAGUCUUUGGCGAUAGACUGCAUGAGAAAGCCAUUCUCCACUAUAUGGACGAUCCUUGGGAUGUGAUGAAGCUCUAAGCUUAUUAAUAUCUAGGGGGCUCUUGCACCCGCCAUCUCGAAUUGGUUUUUGACUUUACAAGUAAAACAAACCUCGUUUUGGGUGCAAAAACCCCACGAUUAGAAGAUCCCUGUAGUAGAACUAGAACUCAAAGAUGGAAAAUCCAAUUACCAUUAUAACAAUAUUUUUUACUUUUAAAUAUACGCAACGCAUAAGUAUUUUAAUUUGA